UUCAGUUUCUGCGCAUAUAUAUAUAUAUAUAUAUAUAUAUAUAUAUGUCCAUUCAAAGAAGGAAGCGAAGAACGCAAGCAUUACUUGCAGAGUUGCAAUGUGUACCUACAAAAUUCUCAUCUCUUUCCCACCCCUCACUACGCCACCAUUUCAAUAAUCCAAUUUACGUAUAGGAAAAUUCGGUGUGCUGCUCAAAUCACACAAAGAGCUUGCAGGAACUCACUACCUAAGAAAAUCUUGAGACUUCUAAACCAGCAUGACUGGGGGCUCAACUGAUGAUGAUUCAUGCACCAAGCCUAUAGGAAGAUGCGCCAUCUUCUACUAUGGGGUGGGACAUAUGUUGAAUGAUGUAACAUCUGCAUGUUGGUUUACAUAUCUCUUAGUGUUUUUGACCGAUAUAGGACUGCCCCCAAGUGAUGCUGCUGUUGUCAUGCUCUCUGGUCAAAUUGCUGAUGGCUUCAUGACAAUAUUUGCUGGUGAACUGAUAGACAGGUAUGGGAGUUUUAAGAUAUGGCAUGGCGCAGGAUCUCUUUUGGUUGCGGUAUCAUUUUCUUCCGUCUUUGGUGGCUGCUUGCCUUGCAAAAUUAUAGGGUCCUAUUCAUCUGGUGCACAAACCAUCAGUUAUAGCCUCUUUGCUGCAAUUUUCAAUGUUGGCUGGGCUGCUACUCAAGUUUCACACAUGUCAAUGGUGAACUGCAUAACCCUAAAUUCAACAAGUCGUGUAGUUAUGACCAGUUGUCGCAAUGCCUUUACAAUGGUUGCAAACCUGAGUCUAUAUGUUGUUGCUUUUGUGGUAUUCAAGUUCCACACAAAGCGGUCCAUUAUUGAAGUCGAGCAUCAGUACCGCUGGAUAGCAUAUGCAUCGAUCUUCAUUGGUUGUUGUUUUGUCAGUAUAUUUCAUCUUGGAACUGCAGAGCCAAGAUUAAAAGGAGAAGCUCAUGAAAUAGGUUAUGCCAGAAUUUCUUGGACAUACUGGUUUCGCAAGUUGUUAUACCACCAAGUAGCACUUGUAUAUGUGCUAACUAGACUAGUCACAAAUGUAUCACAGGCAUUUCUUGCCUUUUAUGUCGUCAAUGAGCUGAGAAUGGACCAAUCUUCCAAAGCUUUGGUGCCUGCAGUCAUCUACAUAUGCAGCUUCAUCACAUCAAUCAUCCUACAGGAGAUGGCCUGGAAUAGUCAUCGGUUGAAGGUUUCCUAUUCUGCUGGGGGCCUUCUUUGGAUGAUUUCUGGUGUUGGCAUCCUCUUUUUGCCAAGCAGCAUGAAAGGUUUUAUGUACCUUAUAUCAAUGGUGAUUGGAGUGGCAAAUGCCUUGAUGAUGGUGUCUGGGGUGAGCAUGCAGAGCUUCCUAGUUGGUCGAGAUCUCAACGGAUGUGCCUUUGUUUAUGGAUCAUUGAGCUUUUUGGACAAAAUAAUAUGUGGACUAGCAUUAACUAUUCUUGAAUCAUAUCAAAGACCGACUCAAGACGAAGUGUGGAACUGCCAUCCUGUAUUCUCUCUCUCUGUUACCAGAUACGGUCUCGGGCUUGUUCCGGCCAUCUCUGCACUGGUUGGUGUACUAGUGACACUUAGCAUGAAGCUUCCCGAGCCGACUUUAACACCUUUAAUCACUCCUCUACUGGAAUAGCUCAAAGAUGUAUAUAUUCUUGAAGUCAAAUCACAGGUUUGUGUUAUAAUUGAACUAAUAGCUCCUAGAAUGUCAAGUUCUAGUCCAUGAACUGAUCUAUGGCAGCCAAAUUUUGCUGCAAAAAUGUUUAGUUCCACUUAACAUAUACAUAGGCUGAUGCUUAUGCCUAAGGCAUAUCAUUGUUAGUCUUGGCAGUCAGGACCAUUGGUUUCGUGCCGCCAGUUCUUGAUUUGAUAGUGGCUCGUUUUGCGAUAGGUGUCAGAUAAUGUUCGGUGGGCUUAGUUUUACUGGUUUCUAUUUGCACAGUCAAUGGAUUUUUAGUGAUACAGGGACAGGUUUGCUAGAAGUAUCUUGUUGAAUUCCAAAGGAAAAAAAAAAUUGUGAAAUGUUAAUGUUGUUUUUUUGUGUAGCCUAGAUAAGGACAAGCUUGAGAUACUACUAGUGCCUGAAUUAGGGCAUUUGUGAUCACAAAUUGACAGGGGUAUCUUUUGAACCACAUUUUUCUGAAAUAUCUUUGUUUUUUUGA